GUGAAAUACGUGUGUUACACGCUAUAUUGUGGGACCAAGGAUCUCACAAGCUCGAACGAGGGUUUUUCGGGCUGAAGCAACCGCCACGGCAAAGCUUUAAUUUUGAGACUUGUAGAUCUAGAUGGAUCGACUCAGUGAGUUGCCGGAUUCUGUAAUAUUUCACAUAUUCUGGUUGUUGCCGAUGAGCGAUGUUGUUAGAACUACAAUUUUAUCUAAGAGAUGGAAAAACCUCUGGACCACCACCCCCUUCCUCAAUUUCGACAAUUAUACGGUUUCGUUUGAUGACACAGAUAGGCUAGUAAACUUUGUUAAUCAGGCUUUAUUGAAGUGGAAUGGGGUUAGGGUUCUGAAAUUGAAGCUUGAUUCGUGGGAUGGGCUUCUCGAAGCAGCAAUGUUUGGGGAAAUUGAUUCUUGUUAUGGGUUUAAUGAAUCAAGAGUAUCUGGAUAUAUUCAUUCGUGGCUGCGUUUUGCCAUGUUAAAUAAAGUCGAAGAAUUAUACAUGCAUAUGGAGUUACAGAUUGUUUCAUUGACUGAAUAUGAUUUUGAUUAUAAGCUCCAAACAUACUGGGUGCCACCGUAUGUGUAUGAGUGCUCGUCGCUUAAGGUGUUAUCGUUGAGACAUUGCCUCCUUAGGUUUGAUGGGAAUGUGCAGUGGAAUCAACUCAAGAGUUUAACGAUUGAUAAUGGUUGUGUCGAUGAAAAUGUGAUGAACCUAAUAUUGUCUGGUAGCCCUCUGUUGGAAGUCUUAAUCUUGUCGUUGAUUGAAGGAUGUGAAAGCUUGUGUAUCCGGUCUAGUAGUUUGAAAGUGCUGUCGAUUAACAAGUAUUUAUCCGAUGGUGAUAGUCAUGACUAUCUAUCUCUGGAUUCAUUGGCUUCGGAGCUGAGGAUUUGGGCCCUGAACCUUGAAAGAUUAGAAGUUAAGGGAAUUCCAUAUAGAAAAUAUUGGUUGAUGAAUGUCCCAUGUUUAAGCCGUGCGACUCUUGGGUUUUAUGCUCUGCAUUAUUUUGAUGACGAUGAUAUUGCCUCUCCUGGAAGUGAGACUGAGAACGAGGUACUAUUCACCAACAAUUUUCUUGGAGAUGGAUUUUAUCAAAUUCUUACAACCAUCCAACAUGUUGAAAACGUCACAUUAUCGUACUGUUGCAUCGAGGUGCUUGAAUCUAUGAGAAGUAGAUGUUUGAAUUCAUCUUUUCCAAAUGUUAAGUCCGUGCAGCUCGGAUAUCGUUUCAACGACUAUGAAAUAUUAGUCAGUCUACUUGAGAUUUUUCCUCAAUUAAAGAAGCUAGUCCUUCAACCUAAACAAAAGGACCAUUACCAUGAUGGCAGAGAGUCACUCAGCUUUGAUGACAAGAGCUACCUCAAGUUUGAAGCAAAGCUUCCUAAGUCUUUUGUGCUGCAGUUGAAGACAAUUGAGGUUACUUGGGUUGAUGGCGACAACGUGUUCCCUUUUCUAGAGUUUCUGUUGAAAUACGCGAGCAAGCUAGAAAAGAUGGUAUUCCGAGUAAGAAAAAUCAAAUCUUCACGUCCGUCUGAUUUUCUAUUUUUGGUAUCGAAGAAACUGCUGGGAAUGCCAAAAUCCUCCCCGACUGCAGAAUUGAUUUUCUAUGAUUCCAGGGAUGGUUUUGUUUGAAGGGACGUAUCUUUCGUCGUAUACUUUCUUAAAAUGUUUUGCAAUGACGUAGUUAUGCUCCGAGCUUGGUAGGUUGAUGCUCCCUUCUUUGUUCAACUACCUAUCCUGUUUCAGUUUUUCUUUCCUAGUUUGUUAACUUUGUUUCAUUUUGGGAGAUCAUAUUUGCUUAUUCAAGCAGUAGUACAAUGUGACACUUUUGGGUUAAGUUGAUGAUGUUUUGAUCUGUAUAGCACAUGACUUGUUAACUUCUUGUUGCUAUGAAUGAAACUGGUGAUAAAACCUAUGUUCAUGUU